AAUUGUGUCUGAAUUGGAAGAAAUAAAAAUAUCCUAUAUGGCGUUCGUCGAUAAAAAUGGUCAUAAUCUUGAUUUAGUGUGUCCAACGGAUCGUGAGAAAUAUCGAAAUAUGUGUAAAGAAUUAAAUUAUUUAAAGCAAGUGGAAAUUCAAAAUGAACGAAUCAAUGCGGAUAAUUUAAAGUAUCGACAGACAAUGGAGAAACAAGAGACAGAAAUUAAGGAAUUGCUCGAUAUUGUCGACAAAUUGGUCUUAAAUUUAAAAAUAGAUAAAGGAAAGAAAGAAAUUCCUGUGGAAGGUUUGCCGGAGGGUCCGGAUGCUAAGACCUUUCUAUCGCAAGAUGAUAAAAAUAAAAUCGAAAAAAUAAGAGAUAGAAUUCUCAGUGAGACGCAAAAAACGACAAAAACAAAAAUUCAAGUCAUAAGAAAAUUUAAUCGAACUCCAGGUGGAUUCAAUCUAAUAUUAAAUAUUUUCAAAUAUUUUCUAAAACUUGGACUCCUGUUACGCAGAGGUAAAUCUUCCAGUGGGAAAUGAAAUUUUUUGUCAAAAAAAAUGUAUUUAAAAUUUUUGAACACUAC